AUGGAUCUGCUCCCAUCAUCAUGCGGUAACAAUUACAUUUUGGCUGUCGUUGAUUACGUGUCCAAGUGGGUAGAAGCCAUUGCAUUGCCCGAUAACACCGCAAACAAUGUUAUGAAUGGUCAAGUUGAAGUUUUUAAUAAAGAACUUAAACAAAUUUUGGAAAAAACGGUUGGCACUUCAAGAAAGGAUUGGGCAAUAAAGUUAGAUGAUGUUUUAUGGGCAUAUAGAACAGCCCAUGAAACUCUCUUAGGGAUGUCGCCUUAUAGGCUAGUUUUUGGAAAACCUUGUCAUCUACUAGUAGAGUUGGAACAUAAAGCUUAUUGGGCAGUGAAACAACUGAACUACAACUUUAAAUCUGUUAGAGAAAAGAGAUUACUACAACUCAAUGCGUUUGCUGAAAUAAGGUGCAAUUCAUUCGAGAAUGCACGGAUCUACAAAAAACGCACCAAAGCUUGGCUUGAUAAGAGAAUAAAACGGAGAGAAUUUAAAGAAUGA